AUGGUUGCCAAGGAAUUUGUCUGUGGUUGCCAAGGAGUUUGUCUGUGGUUGCCGAGGAGUUUGUCUGUAGUUGCCGAGGAAUUUGUUUGUGGUUGCCAAGGAAUUUGUCUGUGGUUGCCAAGGAGUUUGUUUGUGGUUGCCAAGGAGUUUGUCUGUGGUUGCCAAUUAGUUUGUUUGUGGUUGCCGAGGAGUUUGUCUGUGGUUGCCGAGGAGUUUGUCUGUAAUUGCCGAGGAAUUUGUUUGUGGUUGGCAAGGAAUUUGUCUGUGGUUGCCAAGGAGUCUGUUUGUGGUUGCCAAGGAGUUUGUUUGUGGUUGCCAAGGAGUUUGUCUGUGGUUGCCAAGGAGUUUGUUUGUGGUUGCCAAUUAGUUUGUUUGUGGUUGCCAAGGAGUUUGUUUGUGGUUGCCAAGGAGUCUGUUUGUGGUUGCCAGGGAGUUUGUUUGUGGUUGCCGAGGAGUUUGUCUGUGGUUGCCAAGGAGAGUUUGUCUGUGGUUGCCGAGGGGUUUGUCUGUGGUUGCCGAGGGGUUUGUCUGUGGUUGCCGAGGGGUUUGUCUGUGGUUGCCGAGGGGUUUGUCUGUGGUUGCCGAGGGGUUUGUCUGUGGUUGCCAAGGAGUUUGUCUGUGGUUGCCGAGGGGUUUGUCUGUGGUUGCCGAGGAGCUUGUCUGUGGUUGCCAAGGAGUUUGUUUGUGGUUGCCAAGGAGUUUGUCUGUGGUUGCCAAGGAGUUUGUUUGUGGUUGCCAAUUAGUUUGUUUGUGGUUGCCAAGGAGUUUGUUUGUGGUUGCCAAGGAGUCUGUUUGUGGUUGCCAGGGAGUUUGUUUGUGGUUGCCGAGGAGUUUGUCUGUGGUUGCCAAGGAGUUUGUCUGUGGUUGCCAAGGAAUUUGUCUGUGGUUGCCAAGGAGUUUGUCUGUGGUUUCCUAGGAGUUUGUCUGUGGUUGCCGAGGGGUUUGUCUGUGGUUGCCGAGGGGUUUGUCUGUGGUUGCCGAGGGGUUUGUCUGUGGUUGCCGAGGGGUUUGUCUGUGGUUGCCGAGGGGUUUGUCUGUGGUUGCCAAGGAGUUUGUCUGUGGUUGCCGAGGGGUUUGUCUGUGGUUGCCGAGGAGCUUGUCUGUGGUUGCCGAGGAGUUUGUCUGUGGUUGCCGAGGAGUUUGUCUGUGGUUGCCGAGGAAUGCACUUCUCUGACUCCUGCUCCGUGCUGUGAUCGCUUCAAGCUCCACAUCCCUUACGCCGGAGAGACCUUAAAAUGGGAUAUUAUAUUUAACGCACAAUACCCAGAGCUUCCUCCUGACUUUAUAUUUGGAGAAGAUGCCGAGUUUCUUCCGGAGCCUUCUGAAUUACCUCACUUGGUCCAGUGGGACGCAUCAGACCCGGAGAGCCUUCUGCAGCUGGUGAAGGAGCUGAUCCAACAGUACCAUCAGUACCAGUGGCAGCGUCUGCGGCAGAGCUCCCGGCUUCUGUUCGAGUACGACAGCCUCCUGGAGGACCCCGACUACGCCCGCAGCAUCGAGAUCUACGCCGGCCGCAAGAACACCUGGACUGGAGAGUUUUCUGCCCGAUUCCUCCUAAAACUUCCAGUGGACUUCAGCAACAUCCCCGUCUAUCUUCUAAAGGACACGACCCUGGACCCUGGAGAGGACGUGGCUCUUCUCUCCGUGAGCUUUGAAGACGCCGAGGCCACGCAGGUGUUCCCCAAACUCUACCUUUCUCCCAGCAUCGAACAUGCUCUCGGAGGAUCCUCUGCUCUGCACAUCCCGUCCUUCGCUGCAGGAGGGUGUCUGAUCGACUACGUCCCCAGAGUCUGCCAGUUACUCACCAACAAGUGCUGCGAUGCUAACGUGUGUAGCGAUGCUAACGUGUGUAGCGAUGCUAACGUGUGUAGCGAUGCUAACGUGUGUAGCGAUGCUAACGUGUGUAGCGAUGCUAACGUGUGUAGCGAUGCUAACGUGUGUAGCGUGUACGAUGCUAACGUGUGUAGCGAUGCUAACGUGUGUAGCGAUGCUAACGUGUGUAGCGAUGCUAACGUGUGUAGCGAUGCUAACGUGUGUAGCGAUGCUAACGUGUGUAGCGAUGCUAACGUGUGUAGCGAUGCUAACGUGUGUAGCGAUGCUAACGUGUGUAGCGAUGCUAACGUGUGUAGCGAUGCUAACGUGUGUAGCGAUGCUAACGUGUGUAGCGAUGCUAACGUGUGUAGCGAUGCUAACGUGUGUAGCGAUGCUAACGUGUGUAGCGAUGCUAACGUGUGUAGCGAUGCUAACGUGUGUAGCGAUGCUAACGUGUGUAGCGAUGCUAACGUGUGUAGCGAUGCUAACGUGUGUGCACGGUGUAGCGAUGCUAACGUGUGUAGCGAUGCUAACGUGUGUAGCGAUGCUAACGUGUGUAGCGAUGCUAACGUGUGUAGCGAUGCUAACGUGUGUAGCGAUGCUAACGUGUGUAGCGAUGCUAACGUGUGUAGCGAUGCUAACGUGUGUAGCGAUGCUAACGUGUGUAGCGAUGCUAACGUGUGUAGCGAUGCUAACGUGUGUAGCGAUGCUAACGUGUGUAGCGAUGCUAACGUGUGUAGCGAUGCUAACGUGUGUAGCGAUGCUAAGCUGCAACCGAACCACACGGUGAUGGAGGAGGUGAUGGAGGAGGUGAUGGAGGAGGUGAUGGAGGAGGUGAUGGAGGAGGUGAGGAUGGACUCGAUGAUGGCCGUGUAG